UUUGUUUGUAUAAGUGCAACAGAGACCUGUAGGUGUGGCCACUGGAAUUAAAAGACCGGAGAAGUGCUUAAAGCAGUUUAGUCUGAUAUCAUUCUCUGUUAGAAAAGAAGCGUUGUGGUCGCUACUAUCAUCAUGUUGCUGCUUAAUUCUGACGCAAAGUUUGAUUGCUUGAGUAACCUGGUGGAGGCAGGCACUGCAGUAAACUCCAGCGGUGAUCCAUUUGGUCAAUCUCCUGUUCACCUGGCAGCUUGUGGUGACCAAGCAUUCUGCUUGCUGUGGCUUUUAAAAACUGGAGCAGAUGCAAACGAACAGGAUUGUUAUGGAGAGGCCCCAAUCCACAAAGCAGCCAAGGCAGGGAGUUUGGAAUGCAUUAGUCUCCUUAUUGCAAGUGAUGCAAGACUUGGGUUGUGUAACAACGAUGGACAAACUGCAGAAGAUCUUGCUUGGUCAUAUGGAUUCCAUGACUGUGCCAGGUUUUUGACUACUGUUAAAAUGACUCAAAGUCUAAAAUCUAGUGGACCACCUGAAAGAAUGGAUUUUGGAGACUUGAGCCACACUAUUGCAGGACAGAAACGAGCAUGCACAAGUAAUGUGGAUAAUGACCGGAAGCGGGCAAGAGAAUGGUAAAAUUGGUCAUUUCAUGGACAUGGAGGAAACCAACAAUUAAUGCAGCACUGACAUCUUAAUACAAAGUUCUGUUGCCCACAGAAAGAUUGUGUAGGUGCUUGGGCAAAAAAUAAGUUGACUAAACCUUGGUCAAUGACCAGAGACCAAUGCUGCAGGAACACACCUCAGAAACAAGCAGGCCAUUCUUUGCUACUAUAAACCUGGGGGGUGUUUAGUUUGUCUGCCCUCACUUUCAUCUGAUGUUGUGAUAAGUGACCUGCAAGUUUAAGUUAAUCUUGCACCUUAAUUUUUUUUUAAUACAGACACUUAAAUAUCCUUUGUGAAGGAAUUCUAAAGACCAAACUGAAGUUGUUUUUUUUUUGGUUGGUUUUUUUUUUCAGUCUUCAGAAGACUAUAAAACUUGAAUGUUGUAUAGGAAUGCCAAGACCGGGAUUUAUUUCAUAUGUAUCCUCACACAGCUAGUCUUAGAAGGUGCAUUUGUGCCAACAAAGGUUACAAACAUACAUGGGACUUUUUUGUAUUGGACCAAUUACUUGGCACUUUUUUUUUUUUUUUUUUUAUAACUAAACUGCUCCAAAUCUCAUUAAGGAAAACUUGGUAACUGAAAUAAUGUUGUGUUAGCCCAAAUGAAGUUGCUGUUCAUUGCUGUAUCAAUGUAUAGAUGUUUUAUUGGUUUUCAAUUUUACAGUCUGUCUUUAAGUGAGUGUUUGCAUGGGAGAACCCAUCUGUUGUACAUAAUAUCUGAAGUAAAGUUUGUUUAGUAUAUGCAGACAAUGAA